CCCAUUAAGACAUAUUCCUGGACCAAAAUCUAGUGCAUUCACUGAACUUCCGAUUCGAUUGAGACGUCCUUAUGGACAAGUGUACGCGUGGUUUCAUGAAUUACAUUCACAAUAUGGGAGUGUUGUUCGCAUCGCCCCUAAUUGGGUGAUGUUCUCAAAUAAAGAUGCCCUAAGACAGAUUUUGAUUGAGGAUCAAUUUCCAAAAAAUGAAGCAAUAAAAGCUAUCCAAGUACACCCUGACAUCCCCACUCUCUUCACAGCGACUGACCCAAUUUUCCAUAAACAACGAAGAAGACUUCUUUCAUCCGCUUUCUCAAUAAAGUAUCUUUCAAAUCUAGAACCACUAAUAAAUCCAUGCGUCGAAUCACUCGUGAACAAACUCUCCUCGUUAUCUUCAAAUGACGUUGAUUUGAAAUCACCAGCAGUCAACAUUUAUGGGUUUUUACAAGCCUUAGCAUUAGAUGUUAUCGGAGAGACGGCUUUUGGCGGAUCAUUCCAUAUUGUAGAGAAUGGUAAUCAUCCAUUACCUAGAAAGGUUUUCGAGGAAUUUAAACGACGUGUAAUAUGCGCGACGUUUCCUUUCUUGAGACCUUUUAAGAAACAAGAUCCGUGGACUCAAGAUUUCACUAAUAAAAUCAUUAAAGAACGACGCGAAAUGAAUGCUAGAGGAGAAAAACGAUCGGAUCUUUUACAGACCUUGUUGGAUACACGCGACGAGGAAACAGGAGAAGGAUUAUCAGAUUUUGACAUUUACGUUCAAUCGAUGGAAUUUGUUAUGGCCGGUAGCGAUACUACUGCGUUCACAACCUCUAUGGCAUUGAUUCUACUGCUGCAUCACCCUGAAAAACUUCAUGUUCUCAUGACAGAGCUCGGCUCUCUCUCAAAUAAUAAAAUCCCACGUCAUGAAUCUCUAAAAAAUCUCGCAUACCUAAACGCAGUCAUCAACGAAACAAUGCGAUUAUGGCCUGUCUCAACUAAUGGAUUUCUUCGAGAAGCACCAAAAGACGUUACAAUCAAUGGAACAUUUAUUCCUAAAGGCACUCAGGUCACCGCGUCAAUUUACAGUAUGCAUCACUCUAAGGAAAUCUGGGGCGCAGAUGUCGAAGAAUUCGUCCCGGAACGAUGGUUAAAUGAGCAAAGUAAGAAUCUGAAUAAACACUUUUACCCGUUCGGAUGUAGUUCGCGAAUUUGUAUUGCCAUGAAUUUCGCGUUGAUGGAAAUUAGAGUUGCGUUAUCAGCGCUGUUGGUCAAUUUUGAGUUUGAUAUGGUUAAAGGACAAGAUUUGGAGGUGGUUCAUUUUAUUACGCCGUCAUUGAAGGCAAAACGGUUUGACGUGCAUGUACGACGGCGAAAAAUUUCAUUGUAA